AUGUCUCCACUCAGCACGUUGGACAAGUUCAACAUCGCCAAGCUACAAAGCGAGGCGUCCAGGAAUAAAGAUAGCCCUGAGUAUUGGAAAUUCCGUCUAGCCAUCAAGUUGAUCCAGGAUGUAUACAUUUUUCCAAAUGAUGAAAGUUGUAAGCGAGAAUUCUACGAUACCAUUUCCAAUGACAGAAUGAAGGUCAUGGGUAAGGAACUUACCCCUGGAGAAAGAAGUGUUGUAGCUAAUGUUGAUUUGGCCAUUGGGUCACAGGUGAUGAAUGUUUCUACAGGGGCAGUACUAUUUGAUGUGCAGGAUGGUGCUCCGACUAAAUACAGUACAAAUUACCAAAAAAUCUUUCAGUCCAUGAUUAUAGCCACGAAAUCCAACAAGGACAGCAACAGAAUCAUUUUGUUGACAUUUUUGGUGUUGUUUAAUUACUUAGAGGAUAGCGAAUUUGCAAGUAAAGUCAACAACUUGUGCACUCAUCAACGUCAAAUUCGUCUUGCUAGUGAAGUUCGGAAUUUCCGGGAUUCAGUAAAGUCACAAAUGGUUGAAAUGUUCCAUGCCUAUUUCAAGGAAUAUUCAUUGGCAAUGGAGUUUUUCAAAAAGGGACAAAUCAAAAUGUCAAAGAGUAAUUGGAAGUUUUUGGAAAAUUUGAUCAAUGUGGUCAUGGUGAACCAUUCUAUAUUGAAAAACCAUCAUUAUGAGCGCAUUGGUGUAUUUUUGGAUCCACAAUAUGCCAUAAUUAACCAUAGUUGUUUGCCAAAUUGUUUGCAAAUUGAAUCGGGCUUCCAAGUGUUUUCCGUUGUCAAUAGUUUACCGAUUCAAGCCAAUGAGGAAGUCACUGUCAACUACAUUGAUGUACAUGCACCGGCGGAAAUCAGGGCCCACAAACUUUCCACCAAAUACCACUUCCAUUGCCAGUGUCAAUUGUGUUUACAAAAACAGGAUGUAUUUUUCACAAUGCAAUGCAAUGAGUGUUUGAAACAGAUCAAGUCCUCCAGCUUGACUUCUGUGCUCACCACUCCAAAUACAAUAUUGAAGGAACAGUCAUGCUCAAAAUGCUUCCACCCAUUCGAUUUGGAUGUGUAUACUCGUCAAAUUCAAAUUCGCAAUUUUUUCAUUGCAAUUAUCCUCAUCCCCAAAUCAAAUUACAACAUCAAUGAUGAAGGGUACUUUAGUUUGUUGUUGAAAGAAUUUGCUGGCUUGAUUGAAAGAAAUGGAGCAACUUCAUUGAUAAAGUUGUUGAUUGAGUCAAUUGAAACUUUCCAAAUCGUUCCCAGCAGAGUCACUUUUCUAAAGCAUUUGAUUGAUGAAGUGAUGACAACAAAAGUGUUUGCAUUGUAUACCUUCCCCUUCAACGUGAUUGUCCAAAAGAUUAGCAACGAUGUAUGCGAGUGUACUGAUUUUGAUACCGGGUUGGAAAGUUUAAAGUACUAUUCACGGGUGCUUUUCGCAGUCAAAUUUCCUGCUGACUUGAGCAGUCAAUUGUUUUUUGAUGAAUGUAUAUUCUUGGAAUUGGCACAACGUAUCGAAAAAUUGAUGACAGUGUUGGUGGAGGAACGAGUUGGCACGUUUUUUGGCACUUUUGAAGAGUCGAUGGAAUUGUUUGCCCGAUGUGCAUACUUCUUUUACAAACACGUCAAUUGCAAAUUUGAGACAGAGCAGGUUGAGGAGAAGUUGCUUCAAUUACGUCAAGGGUACCACUCAAUCAAGUCAAAGAGAAGCAUCCAUUCGUGUUUGGAGAGGUUGUUUAGCUACGCCAAUGCAAACAUUUUCAUCACAAAGACUCGAUUUCUCAUAUUCAAUGCAAGACAAGAACAAGUCACUUUGUUUCAUACAUUUGACUCGGACGAGUACAUGUGA